AUGGAGGUGCCGGCGGGGGAGUCCCCGGCUCGGGGCUGCGGCCCCCCGCCUGCUCCCGGCCCGGAAAGGAAGAAGAGCCACCGCGCGCCGUCGCCGGCCCGGCCCAAGGACGUGGCCGGCUGGUCGCUGGCCAAGGGCCGCCGCGGCCCAGGCCCGGGCGCCGCGGCCGCUUGCAGCGCCGCGUCCUCGGCGAGGCCCGACAAGAAGGGGCGUGCGGUGGCGCCCGGGGCGCGGGGCACAGGGACGCGGGUGGCCGGGGUCCGCACCGGGGUCCGCGCCAAGGGCCGUCCGCGCCCGGGGACCGGGCCGCGACCGCCGCCACCGCCGCCCAGCCUCACCGACAGCAGCUCGGAGGUGUCGGACUGCGCGUCGGAGGAGGCGCGCCUGCUGGGCCUGGAGCUGGCGCUGAGCAGCGACGCCGAGUCGGCGGCCGGGGGCCCCGGGGGGGCCCGCUCGGGACAGCCGCCCCAGCCGGCGCAGCCGGCACAGCAGCCUCCGCGGCCCCCCGCCUCCCCCGAGGAGCCGUCGGUGGCCGCGUCGUCGGUGGGCAGCAGCCGCCUGCCCCUCAGUGCCUCGCUCGCCUUCUCCGACCUCACCGAGGAGAUGCUGGACUGCGGACCCGGCAGCUUCGUGCGAGAGCUGGAGGAGCUGCGCUCGGAGAACGACUAUCUCAAGGACGAGAUUGAGGAGCUGCGGGCAGAGAUGCUGGAGAUGCGGGACGUCUAUAUGGAGGAGGAUGUGUAUCAGCUGCAGGAGCUGCGGCAGCAGCUGGACCAGGCCAGCAAGACCUGUCGCAUCCUGCAGUACCGGUUGCGCAAAGCUGAGCGCCGCAGCCUCCGCGCUGCCCAGACCGGCCAGGUGGAUGGCGAGCUCAUCCGUGGCCUGGAGCAGGACGUCAAGGUCUCUAAAGACAUCUCAGUGCGGCUGCACAAGGAGCUGGAGGCGGUGGAGAAGAAACGGGCGAGGCUGGAGGAGGAGAAUGAGGAGCUUCGGCAGCGGCUGAUCGAGAUGGAGCUGGCCAAGCAGGUGCUGCAGACGGAGCUUGAGCGGCCGAGAGAGCACUCCUUGAAGAAAAGAGGAACGCGCUCCUUGGGGAAGACGGACAAGAAGCCUUCGGUGCAGGAGGACAGCGCCGACCUGAAGUGCCAGCUGCACUUUGCAAAGGAAGAGUCGGCGCUCAUGUGCAAGAAGCUCACCAAGCUGGCCAAGGAGAACGACGGCAUGAAGGAGGAGCUGCUCAAAUACCGCUCACUCUACGGAGACCUGGACGGUGCCCUGUCGGCGGAGGAGCUGGCGGACGCCCCCCACUCGCGGGAGACGGAGCUCAAGGUGCAUCUGAAGCUGGUGGAGGAGGAGGCCAACCUGCUGAGCCGCCGCAUCGUGGAGCUGGAGGUGGAGAACCGCGGCUUGCGGGCCGAGAUGGACGACAUGAAGGAUCACGGUGGCGGCGGCUGCGGGGGCCCCGAGGCCCGCCUGGCCUUCGCUUUGGGCGGCGGCGAGUGCGGGGAGAGCCUGGCGGAGCUGCGGCGACACCUGCAGUUCGUGGAGGAGGAAGCCGAGCUGCUGCGGCGCUCCUCGGCCGAGCUGGAGGACCAGAACAAGCUGCUGCUGAGCGAGCUGGCCAAGUACCGCUCGGAGCACGAGCUGGACGUGACGCUGUCGGAGGACAGCUGCUCGGUGCUCAGCGAGCCCUCGCAGGAGGAGCUGGCAGCCGCCAAGCUGCAGAUCGGCGAGCUCAGCGGCAAGGUCAAGAAGCUGCAGUACGAGAACCGCGUGCUCCUCUCCAACCUCCAGCGCUGUGACCUGGCCUCCUGCCAGAGCACGAGGCCUAUGCUGGAGACCGACGCCGAGGCCGGCGACUCUGCCCAGUGCGUGCCUGCCGUCCUGGCCGAGGCCCCGGGGCCCGUGGCCGCGCGACUCUGCCGGACCCGGGAGGCUGAGGCCCUGCCAGGGCUGCGGGAGCAAGCUGUCCUGGUCAGCAAGGCUAUUGACGUCCUGGUGGCCGACGCCAACGGCUUCUCGGCCGGCCUGCGCCCCUACCUGGACAACGAGUGCGCCGACUUCCGGCUGCACGAGACCCCCGACAACAACAGCGAGGGCCCCAGGGACGCCAAGCUGAUGCACGCCCUCCUGGUGCGGCUCAGCCUGCUCCAGCAGGAGCUCAACGCCUUCACGAGGAAGGCGGACUCGGUCCUUGGGGGCCCUGUCAAGGAGCCUCCAGAGCCCUUCUCCACACUGCCCGCCUUGAGCUCCCAGGGGCCCUCCAAGGAGAUUCUUCUGGCCAAAGACCUUGGCUCAGACUUCCAGCCUCCUGACCUCAGGGACCUGCCGGAAUGGGAGCCUAGGAUACGAGAGGCCUUCCGCACCGGCGACUUGGACUCCAAGUCUGACCCCAGCCGAAGCUUCAGGCCUUACCGAGCUGAAGACAAUGAUUCCUAUGCCUCUGAGAUCAAGGAGCUGCAGCUGGUGCUGGCCGAGGCCCACGACAGCCUCCGGGGCCUGCAAGAGCAGCUCUCCCAGGAGCGGCAGCUCCGGAAGGAGGAGGCCGAAAGCUUCAAUCAGAAAAUGGUGCAGCUGAAGGAGGACCAGCAGAGGGCGCUCCUGCGGCGCGAGUUUGAGCUCCAGAGUCUGAGCCUACAGCGGAGGCUGGAGCAGAAAUUCUGGAGCCAGGAGAAGAACAUGUUGGUGCAGGAGUCCCAGCAGUUCAAGCACAACUUCCUCCUGCUCUUCAUGAAGCUCAGGUGGUUCCUCAAACGCUGGCGGCAGGGCAAGGUUUUGCCCAGCGAGGGGGAUGACUUCCUUGAGGUAAAUAGCAUGAAGGAGCUGUACCUGCUAAUGGAGGAAGAGGAAUUGAAUGCUCAGCAUUCUGAUAACAAGACCUGCACAGGGGACAGCUGGACCCAAAACACGCCCAAUGAGUACAUCAAGACACUGGCUGACAUGAAGGUGACACUGAAGGAGCUAUGCUGGCUUCUCCGGGAUGAACGCCGUGGUCUGACUGAGCUUCAGCAACAGUUUGCCAAGGCCAAGGCCACCUGGGAAACGGAGCGGGCGGAGCUCAAGAGCCAUGCUGCCCUGAUGGAGCUGAAGGCUGGGAAGGGGGCUGGGGAUCGGACGGGGCCUGACUGGAAGGCAGCUCUGCAGAGGGAGCGGGAGGAGCAGCAGCACCUCCUGGCCGAGUCCUACAGCGCGGUCAUGGAGCUGACGCGGCAGCUGCAGAUCGGAGAGCACAACUGGGCGCAGGAGAAGCUGCAGCUGGUGGAGCGGCUCCAGGGCGAGAAGCAGCAGGUGGAGCAGCAGCUAAAGGAGCUGCAGAAUCGCCUGAGCCAGCUGCAGAAAGCUGCUGACCCCUGGGUCCUAAAGCACUCAGAUCUGGAGAAGCAAGACAACAGCUGGAAAGAGACCCGCAGUGAAAAGAUCCACGACAAAGAAGCUGUUUCUGAAGCUGAGCUUGGGGGAACCGGCUUAAAGAGGACCAAAUCUGUUUCCUCCAUGUCGGAGUUUGAGAGUUUGCUGGACUGUUCCCCGUACCUCGCUGGGGAAGCCUCCCGGGGCAAAAAGCUACCCAACAGCCCUGCCUUUGCCUUCGUGGGCACCCAGCCAGUGGACCCGGAAAAGGGUGCCCCCGAACAGCCAGGGCUCUCGCCCCAUGACUGCAACCGCCUGGGUGCCCUGGGCUGCCCGGAGCCGGCCGGGAGGCAGAUGCAACGCAGCUACACGGCACCCGACAAGACGGGCAUCCGCGUGUACUACAGCCCCCCAGUGGCCCGGCGCCUGGGCGUCCCUGUGGUCCAUGACAGGGAGGGGAAGAUCAUCAUCGAGCCGGGCUUCCUCUUCACCACAGCCAAGCCCAAAGAGUCGGCCGAGGCGGACGGGUUGGCCGAGAGCUCCUACAGCCGAUGGCUCUGCAACUUCUCCCGGCAGCGCCUGGACGGGGGCUCCGGGGGCGGCCCCUCGGCGGCAGGGCCCGGCUUCCCGGCAGCCCUGCACGACUUCGAGAUGUCAGGGAACAUGAGCGACGACAUGAAGGAGAUCACCAACUGCGUGCGCCAGGCCAUGCGUUCGGGCUCGCUGGAGCGGAAGGUGAAGAGCACGUCCAGCCAGACGGUGGGCAUGGCCAGCGUGGGCACGCAGACCAUCCGCACGGUCAGCGUGGGCCUGCAGACCGACCCGCCCCGCGGCAGCCUUCACGGCAAGAGCUGGUCGCCACGUGGCUCCUCGCUCGUGUCCGUGCGCAGCAAGCAGAUCUCAUCUUCCCUGGACAAGGUGCACGCGCGCAUCGAGCGGCCCUGCUGCUCACCCAAGUACGGCUCGCCCAAGCUUCAGAGGCGCUCUGUGUCCAAGCUGGAAGGGGCCAAGGACCGCAGCCUGUGGAACCUGCACCAGGGCAAGCAGAACGGCUCGGCCUGGGCCCGCUCCACCACCACGCGGGACAGCCCCGUGCUGAGGAACAUCAACGACGGGCUGUCCAGCCUCUUCAGCGUGGUGGAGCACUCGGGGAGCACGGAGUCGGUCUGGAAACUGGGCAUGUCCGAGGCCCGGGCCAAGCCCGAACCGCCCAAGUACGGCAUCGUGCAGGAGUUCUUCCGCAGCGUGUGCGGCCGGGCGCCGAGCCCCACGGCGUCCGCGGCCGGGGAGGAGGGCGCCAAGAAGCCGGAGCCCCUCUGCCCCGCCAGCUACCAUCAGCCCGAGGGCGUGGCCAGGAUCCUGAGCAAGAAGGUGGGCAAGCUGGGCGGCAGCGAGGAGGCCAGGCUCUCCGGGCUCCCCCAGGCGGGGAAGGAUGGCAUCACUCGGGAUGGGGACGGAGCCACCGGCCUUCCCAGUGAGGAUGCAGUGUGUGACUGCAGCACCCAGUCUCUCGCCUCCUGCUUCGCCCGGCCAUCCCGCUCUGCUAUCCGCCACUCUCCUUCCAAGUGCAGGCUGCACCCUUCAGAGUCUGGCUGGGGUGGGGAGGAGCGGGCAGCCCCGCCCAGCGAGUGA